UCCCUCUCUGUCCCUCUCUGUCCCUCUCUGCCCGUCCACUCAUCCCAGCCAGCGUGUGGGCCCGGCGCUUUCGGGACCUCUCCCGUGUCCUGCCUAGGUCCCGCCACUCUGCCCCAAGAUGGGUCGCGGGGCCGGUCGCGAGUACUCCCCCGGCACCACGGCAGAGAAUGGGGGCGGCAAGAAGAAGCAGAAGGAGAAGGAGUUGGACGAGCUGAAGAAGGAGGUGGUCAUGGAUGACCACAAGCUGUCCCUGGAUGAGUUGGGCCGGAAAUACCAGGUGGACCUGUCCAAGGGUCUCACGAACCAGCGAGCCCAGGAGAUCCUAGCGCGGGACGGACCCAACGCCCUCACCCCGCCGCCGACCACCCCCGAGUGGGUCAAGUUCUGCCGCCAGCUCUUUGGGGGCUUCUCCAUCCUGCUGUGGAUCGGGGCCAUCCUCUGCUUCCUGGCCUACGGCAUCCAGGCGGCCAUGGAGGACGAGCCCUCCAACGACAAUCUGUACCUGGGCGUGGUGCUGGCCGCCGUGGUCAUCGUCACCGGCUGCUUCUCCUACUACCAGGAGGCCAAGAGCUCCAAGAUCAUGGAUUCCUUCAAGAACAUGGUGCCGCAGCAAGCGCUGGUGGUACGAGAGGGAGAGAAAAUGCAGAUCAACGCGGAGGAGGUGGUGGUGGGCGACCUCGUGGAGGUGAAGGGGGGAGACCGGGUGCCGGCCGACCUCCGCAUCAUCUCCUCUCACGGCUGCAAGGUGGACAACUCCUCCCUGACCGGCGAGUCGGAGCCGCAGACCCGCUCCCCCGAGUUCACGCACGAGAACCCUCUGGAGACCCGGAACAUCUGCUUCUUCUCCACCAACUGCGUGGAAGGCACCGCCAGAGGCAUCGUGGUGGCCACAGGGGACCGGACGGUGAUGGGCCGCAUCGCCACCCUGGCCUCAGGCCUGGAGGUGGGCCGGACGCCCAUCGCCAUGGAGAUCGAGCACUUCAUCCAGCUCAUCACCGGCGUGGCCGUCUUCCUGGGCGUCUCCUUCUUCAUCCUCUCCCUCAUCCUCGGCUACAGCUGGCUGGAGGCCGUCAUCUUCCUCAUCGGCAUCAUCGUGGCCAACGUGCCCGAGGGACUGCUGGCCACUGUCACCGUGUGUCUGACGCUGACCGCCAAGCGCAUGGCCCGCAAGAACUGUCUGGUGAAGAACCUGGAGGCGGUGGAGACCCUGGGCUCCACGUCCACCAUCUGCUCCGACAAGACGGGCACGCUCACCCAGAACCGCAUGACCGUGGCCCACAUGUGGUUCGACAACCAGAUCCACGAGGCUGACACCACGGAGGACCAGUCAGGGGCCACCUUCGACAAGCGCUCGCCCACCUGGACAGCCCUGUCCCGCAUUGCGGGGCUCUGCAACCGCGCUGUCUUCAAGGCGGGCCAGGAGAAUAUCUCUGUGUCCAAACGGGACACCGCCGGCGAUGCUUCCGAGUCGGCACUGCUCAAGUGCAUUGAGCUCUCCUGCGGCUCUGUGCGCAAGAUGAGAGAGCGGAACCCCAAAGUGGCCGAGAUCCCCUUCAACUCCACCAACAAGUACCAGCUGUCCAUCCACGAGCGCGAAGACAGCCCCCAGAGCUACGUGCUGGUGAUGAAGGGCGCCCCCGAGCGCAUCCUGGACCGCUGCUCCUCCAUCCUGGUCCAGGGCAAGGAGCUGCCCCUGGACAAGGAGAUGCAGGACGCCUUCCAGAACGCCUACAUGGAGCUGGGCGGCCUGGGCGAGCGAGUGCUGGGGUUCUGUAUGCUGAACCUACCUUCUGGAAAGUUCCCUCGGGGCUUCAAGUUCGACACAGAUGAGCUGAAUUUUCCUACCGAGAAGCUGUGCUUCGUGGGCCUCAUGUCCAUGAUCGACCCUCCCCGGGCAGCCGUGCCCGACGCUGUGGGCAAGUGCCGCAGUGCAGGCAUCAAGGUGAUCAUGGUGACCGGUGACCACCCCAUCACGGCCAAGGCCAUCGCCAAGGGUGUGGGCAUCAUCUCCGAGGGCAACGAGACUGUGGAGGACAUUGCGGCCCGGCUCAACAUCCCUGUCAGCCAGGUCAACCCCAGAGAGGCCAAGGCAUGCGUGGUGCACGGCUCUGACCUGAAGGACAUGGACUCCACGCAGCUGGACGAGAUCCUGCGCAAUCACACAGAGAUCGUCUUUGCCCGCACGUCCCCGCAGCAGAAACUCAUCAUCGUGGAGGGCUGCCAACGGCAGGGGGCCAUCGUGGCCGUGACGGGGGACGGCGUGAACGACUCCCCUGCCCUGAAGAAGGCCGACAUUGGCAUUGCCAUGGGAAUCUCGGGCUCAGACGUGUCCAAGCAGGCGGCCGACAUGAUCCUGCUGGACGACAACUUCGCGUCCAUCGUCACUGGCGUGGAGGAGGGCCGCCUCAUCUUUGACAACCUGAAGAAGUCCAUCGCCUACACGCUGACCAGCAACAUCCCCGAGAUCACCCCCUUCCUGCUCUUCAUCAUCGCCAACAUUCCACUGCCCCUGGGCACCGUCACCAUCCUCUGCAUUGACCUGGGGACCGACAUGGUCCCGGCCAUCUCCCUGGCCUAUGAGGCGGCCGAGAGCGACAUCAUGAAACGGCAGCCCCGGAACCCGCAGACGGACAAGCUGGUGAAUGAGCGGCUCAUCUCCAUGGCCUACGGGCAGAUCGGGAUGAUCCAGGCGCUGGGCGGCUUCUUCACCUACUUCGUGAUCCUGGCUGAGAAUGGCUUCCUGCCGUCCAGGCUCCUGGGCAUCCGGCUGGACUGGGAUGACCGUUCCAAAAAUGACCUGGAGGACAGCUACGGGCAGGAGUGGACUUAUGAGCAGCGGAAGGUUGUGGAGUUCACCUGCCACACGGCCUUCUUCGCCAGCAUCGUGGUGGUGCAGUGGGCCGACCUCAUCAUCUGCAAGACCCGCCGGAACUCCGUCUUCCAGCAGGGCAUGAGGAACAAGAUCCUGAUCUUCGGGCUCCUGGAGGAGACUGCGCUGGCCGCCUUCCUGUCCUACUGCCCGGGCAUGGGCGUGGCACUGCGUAUGUACCCGCUCAAGGUCACGUGGUGGUUCUGCGCCGUGCCCUACAGCCUCCUCAUCUUCAUCUACGACGAGGUCCGCAAGCUCAUUCUGCGUCGCUACCCGGGAGGCUGGGUGGAGAAGGAGACGUACUACUGAGCCCGCCUCAGCACUGGGGGCGCGGGAGAAGGACGUCGAGGCACGAGGGGCCGGGAAACACGGGGAGUGCCGGGGGGGUUAAGGGAGACGCUUGGCCCUGA